AUGGCGGAAAAUUGGGAGCAACAGAAGAAGACGAACGAGGAAAUCCAAUCAAAUCUAUCGCGCCUCACGGAGAUGAUGACUCGAAUCGUGGCGAAUCAGAACAAUCCGACGGCGAAUCCGAGCAAUCCGACGGCGAAUCAAUGGAAUCCAUCCACGAGUAACCACAAUCCGGGAAAUUACGCAACGCCAUCUCCUCCGGAGCGUGAGGUACAUAAUCAAAACCAUCCGGAACCUGGAGAUCAUAGACCAAUAGGUUAUCGGGGAAUCAAUAAUGCUCUGGAAAGUAGAAAUGCGGUGUUGAAGAGAAUUGAGUUACCACAACUUGACGGAUCAGAGCCGUAUACUUGGAUUUCCUUGGCCGAGAGAUUUUUCAGAUUGGGACGAUGCUCGGAUGAGGAUAGGUUGGAUCUGCUUUCGAUUACGCUGAAAGGUCCAGCUCUUCAUUGGUUCAACAGAGAAAUGUCGCGAGAUCCUUUCAGAGAUUGGCCUCAGUUUAAGAAGAGGAUGAUUGUGAGAUUUAGUCAGAAAAUGGAGGAGAAUCCAGGGAAGAGGUUGUUCAGCUUGAGGCAAACCGGGUCAAUUGCAGACUAUGUCAAUGAGUUUGAGGAGCUCACUACCAUCGUCACAGGAAUUGAUGAAGAAAAUUUGGAACACAUUUUUUACAUUGGCCUAAAAACGGAGAUGAAAGAGGUAUUGAAGAUGCAGAAACCAAGGGGUUUAACGAACUGUUUCAAUGCGGUGAUCUCAAUGGAGGAUAGUGCGUUCUGUAAGUCGAUGGCCGAGGCAACAAAUCCAAGACGCUCUUUCUUUCCCUUACGAUCUGCGCUCAACUGCAGUACACAAAGAAGCAGUAGCAGCACAAACAGUGAUUCAGGGGAGAAACCAAAGGAUUCCCAAAGUCAAACUGGGAAACCUCCUUGA